CUUUUAGCUCGCCCAAAAUGUCCACAAGGAACCAACAUGUGAGAUACAGCAGAGGAGUCCGAGUGGACGGCGGAGAGAAAAACAAAGGGGAGAUCCGAGAGCACGAAGCCCACGCCACCACUACUGGGUCACAGAAAACUGGUCGACGUGCUCGAAAGAAACAUUCAGCGGCCAAAAGAAGAGACGUUCGAGUCAUCGCAGCAGUUCUGGGAACAUUUUUUCUGUUCAUGCUGACUUCAACAGGAAUACGCUACAUCUCAGUGACCGUGCAGAGAGACGAGCUCAGAAUAAAACUGGAUGAACUAAAUGACAAAAUCACCCAGAUGCAGAUACAAUGCUCAGAGUUCGAGAACUCAAACACAACUGGUGGUUGGCCUGAUAUUGGAUUUCCAGAUGAUCGACCCGAGGCGACGAAACAAAACGCAACUGAUAGAGGCCCUUUAACGAACAUCACUGAAGUGAACAACACCUUAAACACGACUGAGAAAGGGAACGGCUGUCCUCCAGGAUGGGUGAAGGUCGGCUGCAGCUGUUAUUAUGAAUACACCAUAGUGUCCGCUUUGCAGAAGAGCAAAGAAGACUGUGAGAAGAAGGGAGGAAAUCUGAUGGUUGUGAAUAGCAUCGAAAAACAGAGAAUACUGAAGGGCGAAACACCUAAAGAUGUCCUGCAGUGUGGCUCAGCGACGCCUCCGCCGUGACGGGAGGAGAUCAUGAGAGCGGGAACAUCAAGUACUCGUGUGUGUAUAAACCCGACAAUUAUUGCAAAUAUGGAAAGAAAUUAUUUUUAUUUUACAAUUUCAUUGACUGAUUGAUCUUCCUGAUGUUUAUUUAUCUGUGCAUUUGUUUUGUUUCAUAUUAUUAUUAUUAUUAGUAGUAUUAUUAUUAUUGUUACUAUCGUAUUUAUUUAUUGUUUCUGCAGACAGCUCUUCCUGGAAAAAAUGAUUUGAUUGAACUCUGUUUAAAUUAGGGAUUUAAUAAUAAUAAUAAUACCUUUUGAAAAAAUAUCUAUAAAAGUGUUUUUGUAAAUUUGCCAUGUGUCAUGAAAUAUGUAUACAGCUUUCUGCAUCCUAAUUAUUUUUGAUCUAUAAACUAUUGCUGAAGUUAUUAAACUGAUCAGAAAUGACUUUGCGUGUUUCUGAGUGUAAAUAGUUGGGAUGUGGGUGCUUCCAGCUGGCAGGCCAGCGUGCUGCCCCUGCACUGC